GAUGAGCGGGACCCAGUCCAUUGACAUCAGCCACGGCGACCCGAGCUACGACGACGAUUUCGAGGCUGACGGAGAUGCAAACAGCAGCGGCUACGGCGACAGCGCCCUCGGCAGCUCUGGCCCGGUCGCGCACCAGCCCGUCACCUCGCCACCGGGGCUGGGGGUGCCCGUCGCAGGCAAGGCCUGGAGCCCUGCGGGCGGCGGCAGCGGCGGCCGCAGCAGCCCGCGGUGGCUGCAGCGAGCCAGCCUGGACAGGCGGCCAAGCGAGCUGCCUGAAAUACCCGAGGAGGACGAGAGGGUGGCGCUGGGGCUGCAGCGCGCCCAGCAGCAGCAGCAGCAGCAGCAGACAUUGCAGCAGCAGCAGCAGCAGCAGCAGCAGCAGCAGCAGCAGCAGCAGCAGCCCGCGCCCGCAGGAUCCAAGGUCCUGCUGCAGCGCUCGCUGCAGUCACUGCACUCCCUCGCGCGCUCCUCAAGGUACACAUCCGAGGUUGACGACGAGGCCCGGGGCACGGCGUCCGAGGUUGACGAGCUCGAGGAUGCACUCCUGGCCCGUGCGGGGCAGUCCAUCGAAUCCGAGGAGUGGAUCGCGCGCGUCGGCGCCGUCACCGCGGCGGCGGUCGCUGCCGGGCCAAGGGCGGCGGGGGCGCCGGCGAGGGCGAUGGGCGGCGCUCGGGCGCGGGGGGGCCAGCCGGGGAUGGUGCGGCGCGGUCCGCGGCCGGCCCCGGCUGCGGCUGGUGCGGCGGCAGCGCCGGCGGGCGCUGAUUAUGCGUCUGCUGCAGCUUACUAUGGUGGGGGCCGCAGCGACCGAAGCAGCAAGCGGUCAGAUGGCAGCGACCUGCUGAAAUCAGAAGAUCUGCGCAUGAUCGAAAGCGACGGCGAGAGCGCCGGCCGCCGCAGCUCGCAAGGAGCCCGCGGCGAGCGCGCCUCAACGCGCAGCUCGUCUGACAGCAGCGGUGACAGCAGGGUCGGCGCGCACGCGGCGCCGCAGGCGGCGAAGCGGCGCCCCGCAGCGGGCCUUGGCCACCCGACCAGCCGCGUGGGCCAGCGGCGGGUGAGUGCGUUCUCAGACGUCUCAUUCCUGUCUGCGGAGGAGGCCGCCGCGGGCCCCGGCAGCAGCGACGACGACGACAGUGGCUCGCACGGGCAGCCGGGGCGCACCCGCCGCCGGCGGCACCACCAGGCGCCCGAGCCGCAGCGGCGGCGCGGCGGGAGCUUUGCGGAGAGCCGCGGGAGCGCGGGGAUGCACUCGUAUGCACCCAGUCUUGGGAGCGAUUUUGACUUGUCAGGCGACCUAGAGGUGGCUGGUGGCGGCGGCGACGGCAGCAGCAGCCAGGGAGGAAGGGGCAUGAGCCACAGGGGGGCAGCUGCUGGCGGGCAGGGAGAGGUGGUUGGCGGGAGGGAGUCAAACAGCAUAUCUUCCCUCAGCAGCCUCGGAGACGGCGGCGGCAGCGGCGGCGGAGGCGGCGGAGGCGUGGGCGGCGGACAAGCGGGCGCAAGGGGCGGCGGGGCGGCUGCGCGCAGGGGUGCGGAGAGCCCCGGCGACGGGGGCUCGGCGAACCCGCGGCGGCCCCGGGGCGCAGCUUCGCCCUGGCGCGGCGCGAUGGACUACUAG